UGGGAGCGAGCGUGUGUGUCUGUGUGGUGGUGUGUGCGCGUGUAUGUGUUGGGUAGCCAGCACACACUCUUCACAUUCGCUUACAACAUGGCGAUGAAGCGCCGACCGCUCGCACGACGCCUCUCUCCCCUGUCGCUACAUUGUUGUACCUAGGGAAACUGGGUACUCCUCUGACAUGACAUUACCGCCGGUGCAAUAAUUUGAAGGACGUUUAAUACGGAUUCCAUUGUAUGCCUGCUUGGAAGCUAGUGAGAUAGCUGGCUCUCGAAAACCCCACGCAACGCGCUUUUGGAAAUCAAAGGCUUUUCAUGGCGGUGGAGGCUCUGUGGAUUUUCUGUCUACUUUCGCUGGGGUUCUGUGCUCUGUCUGUCCAAGAGAAGCCGUUGUGGGUGGAGUUGAGCUGUGGGGCGGGGCCAGUGCAUGCGGUGCUGGAGCCUGGUUGGCCGCUGCUGCUGGAGUGUCAGCUGGGGGCGUCGCCGGACGAGGAGGCUGGCGCGGUGACGUGGCGGAGGGACGGCGUGGAGCUGACGGAGGGCCCCGCGCUGCGCCUCCUCUCCAACGGCUCGCUGCUGGUAGCGCCGCCGCCACUGCCGCGCGACGCCUCGGCGCCCCCUGUGGAGCUGGAGGGAGGCUACAGCUGCGAACGGGCCGACGCCUUCGGAGCGCUGACCAGCCGCGUGGUCAACCUGUCCCUGGCCAGUCUGUCUAAGGUGCAGCGGGACCCAGAAGACCAGGUGGUGUCGGCGGGUGGAGCCGCACGGUUUCAGUGCCAGGUGGAGGGACUGCCCACGCCCGUCAUCUCCUGGGAGAAGGACCGCACACCCCUGGAGCCCAGCGCAAGGUUCAUCUCUCUCCCCAGCGGGGUGCUUCAGAUCCUGAGUGUGACGAACGAGGAUGUGGGCUCCUACCGCUGUAUCGCCUCCAACACCAUGCGCAAGAGAUACAGCCAGGAGAGUACGCUCACCGUCACCCCAGCAGGUCAGUCUUCUCUCUCUACCAAAGUGGAGCUAGUGGCGCGUCCCCAGAACUCCACUGUGAUCUUGGGGCACCCGGCCGUCAUGGAGUGCAUGGCACAGGGGCACCCCAAACCUCUGGUGUCCUGGAGUCGACUUGAUGGCAAGCCCAUCGCCACUGACGUGGUCGUCCUGGAAACCAACCUGGUGAUCCCGGAUACGCGGCGGCAUCACGCCGGGGUGUAUGUGUGUCGUGCCAACAAGCCCAUGACACGCGAGUUCGUCAGCGCCCCUGCUGAGCUACGUGUGCUAUCCCCUCCGGUGAUCCUGCAGCCUCCGGAGACGGUGUCGUUGUCCCGGGGCAACACGGCGCGCUUCGUGUGCAACAGCUCGGGGGACCCCGCGCCGGCGCUGCAGUGGCUGCGUAACGGCGAGCCGGUCACGCCCAACGGGCGCGUCAAGGCCCAGAGCGCCGGCGUGCUGCUCAUCAACCAGCUGGGGCCCGACGACGCCGGCUACUACCAGUGCCUGGCCUCCAACGCCCUGGGCACCGCCUGCGCCACCGCCAAGCUGUCCGUCAUCGUGAGGGAGGGGCUGCCCAGCGCGCCACGGCAACUGCGGGCCACGCCCCUGUCCAGCACCACCGCCCUGCUCACCUGGGAGCGGCCCGAGCUCAACAGCGACCAGAUCAUCGGCUUCUCCGUGCACUACCAGCAGGCCUCAGGUUCAGACAACGUGGAGUACCAGUAUGCGGUGAACAACGACACGAUGGAGUACCAGCUGAAGGAGCUGCAGCCACACACGGCCUACACCUUCUACGUGGUGGCCUACUCUCUACGCGGGGCUAGCCGCCCCUCACCGCCGACCACCAUGGAGAUGCUGGAGGAUGUGCCCAUUGCUCCCCCCCAGUUGUCGCUGCUGAGCCCGUCCCCCACUGAGAUCCGUGUGAUGUGGCUGCCCCUGUCCUCCCUGCAGAGCCGCGGCACCCUCACUCUCUACCGCAUCGACUACAGCACCCUGGGACAAGGAGAGCGUGUGUUCUCCACAGAGGUGGGCGGUAACGAGACCCAGGUGACUCUGCGGGGGCUCUCGCCCAAUCAGAUGUACCGCGUCAGAAUGACCGCUGGCACCCGUGCAGGGUUCGGACCCACGUCAGAAUGGCACACACACCACACACCUGACCUGCUCAACCUCACCAUGGUGCUCUUUGCCCCCACGGAGCUGAAGGUCAGAGCCAAGAUGCACUCCCUCCACGUCUCCUGGCAACCGCCGCCCAAUCACACGCAGAUCUCGGGCUACAAGCUGGCCUAUCAGAUGCUGGACUCGGAAGAGGGGGAGGGGUCUGACAAGAAGAGGCUUCCAGUCCAGCCAAUCAAACUGCGCAAGAGGGUCAAACAUCAUGACAUCACUGACCUGGUCCCUGGGCGUGUGUACCAGGUGAAGGUGUGGGCCUAUAACAAACAGACGGAAGGCUACCCAGCCGUAUGGAAGGGGCGCACAGAGAAAUCCACGAGCUUACCCAGGACGUCUGAACCCAACCCACCGCUGCCCCCUAGUGGCAUCAGGGCGACGGCGAACAGCUCUCGCUCCAUCUGGCUGCGCUGGGAGCGCCCGCGCUUCAGCAGCGUCCGCAUCAUCAACUACACCGUCCGCUGCAGCCCCGCCGGCCUCCGCAACGCCUCGCUCGUGUCCUACUACACCAGCGCUACCCAGGACAUCCUCUUGGGGGCGCUGCAGCCCUUCACACGGUACGAGAUGGCUGUGCAGUCCAACAGUGUGAACGUGGUGGGACCGUUCAGCUCUACAGUGGAGGAGUCAACGCUGACCGAUCGGCCCUCAACACCUCCGGCUGAUCUGCAGCUCAAUGCUUUGGACUCGUCAUCAGUGUUGGUGAGUUGGCGCCCCCCAGUGGAGCCCAACGGUAUCAUCACCAGCUACAGGAUCCUUUUCAGCUGCAACCUCAGUCAGCCCGAACACCUGUGGACCAACAGCACACAUAGCGGCGUGACCAGUGUGGAGGUGCAGGGUCUGCAGAGUGGCACGCGCUACUUCUUUAAGAUCAGCGCCAGCACAGAGGUGGGAGCAGGGCCCUACUCACCUGUCAGAGACCUGCAUAUGCCCUCAGACGCAUACGAGUUGGACAUCCAUGCAGUAACAGGGAUUAUUGUGGGAGUGUGUCUGGGUCUGCUCUGCAUCCUCCUGUGUAUGUGUGUGAGCUUCCGCAACAGCAAGACCAGGGACAUGGUGGCGGACUCCAGCUCCUCUCAGUUUCGGCGUGGGGGGGUGCGGACGGCCCCCCCCUCUCUCCCCGACUGCAGCGACUGCCACGAGCUGGAGACGCUGAUGCCCCCCCAGGGCCCCCUCCUCACACACACACACACACACACACUCGCCUCACAGCCCGCCGCCGAGCCCUCGGAGGAGCACAGCCUCAUGGGACACGCAGCUACAGCCGAGGACGCCACGGCCGCAGAGUUAAAGCUGGCCUGGAACGGCUCGGUGAGCUGCAACUGGGCCAACCGGAUCUCCCGGUACCGAGACACCAUCACAGAAGAGUCCCCAGCACUACGCAACGGAGCUCUGGACAACACCGCCACAGACAAGGGGGAGUGUGAUGGCCAGCUGUACUCUCCCGUGUGCAGUAACCAGGUGGAGGCCGAGGUCAUCGUCCACUCUGAGCUGUCUGACCCCCCCAGCAACAGCGACGGUGGGGCUUCCUCAUCGCCAGCCUCCGCUGGGUCCCAAAGCCCCCCCGCUUCACUGCCACCUCCACCGCCGUCCCCCGUCGACGCCCCCCACCCGCACCCACGCUCGCUCCACCCCACCCCAAACCACGCCCCGCCGCUGCUGUCCAAUCACAACGGCCCGUUGACCUCCGCACCGUCACCACCAGCCGCAGUGACGGCCGUCGGACUGGUCCAACUGUCGGCGCCCGCAGGGGUGCUGGUUCCCCUCACCAACGGGUUCCACUCACCCAAACCCCCCCGGGGGUCUUCCACCACCACCAAUACCCCCCCUGCCGGCCCCGUCGAGCCCCUCAGCCUGGAGGGGGGCGACUCCAGACUCUGCGUCCACCCAGUCUCGGGGAAGAGCCUGGGAGGGGCCACGGAGCUCCCCCCCCCUUCGUCCUCGCCCUCCCUGCCCCCCGUCAGGGGCCUGGCCAGUGUGAGCCUGGUGCACUCUACCUCAGGGGAGCACUCCUCCCUGUGCCCCUGA